AUGAGUCCAGUGGAGUUCUCUUACUCGUUAUGGGCGCGAGGUACGGGCGAUGAUCUCGCAAACGCCGCCGAUACACUAUCGAGCUGGGAUAAAUGUAUGGCAAAGUCCUACUGCAAAUGGCCUGUCAUUGUCGGCAUCAUUGUUGGAGGCGUAGUCCUCAUCUCGGUUAUCGCCUGUAUCGUAAACUGUCUGUGCUGUGGUAUUCGCUGCUGUACAGGUUGUUGUUGUUCAUGCUGCUGUCCAUCGCCACGGGACAAGCGGCCAAAGUAUGAAGACCCGUACAACCACCCCCCAGCUCCAAUGCCACAGCCUCAAUUGCCGCCGGUAAACAAUACCUACGAGGAGGGAUAUCAGCCGAAAUACCAGGCGCCUCAACCUCUGCCGACAUAUCGCGGAGCUCAAGUGGCUCGAUUCGACACCCCUCCUAGCCCCGGCGUCUCAAAGAUGAAUGACGAUGCAUUACCUGCCAUGCCUAGCUGGGACCACGCCGUCAGUCGGAGGGUGGAGGAUUCGAGUCCACAGCCAGAGUCGGUAGAGAUGGAACCGUUGAACCCAAUGAAUCGACCACCGCAUCGCAGACCAUCCGCGUCUAGAACACCUGUGGGUGGUUAUAUGGGGCCACCACCAAUCAGGACUGGGUCAGCGGUCCAGCGCGAUUAUUAUCCUGACUCCCAUGGAUACGAUGACCAGAAUCCAUAUGAUUACCAUGCGCAGACUACAUCCCCGUACGACCAGCCGUAUAGGGACAACUCGCCAGGUGGAAACUACCAUGCUAUGCCACCGCCGCCACAAGCGUAUUCUCCUGGUCCUCAAUUCCCAGUGGGAGUUGCGGUUUCUCCUAACACAGAGAUGAAUCGUCCAAUUCCGUAUCGCCAACCGUCACCAGGACCAGGAGUUCCAUUCCGGCAGCCCUCCCCCGGUCCGAACUUUCCAUUCCGGCAGCCUUCCCCCGGUCCGAAUUUUCCAUUCCGUCAACCAUCUCCUGGGGUUCCGCUUCGCCAGCCAUCCCCAGGGCUCCCGCUUCGACAACCGUCCCCGGGACUCCCACUUCGGCAGCAAUCCCCGGCGAUGCCGUACCGGCAGCCCUCCUCCCCGGGAUUUAGCCAGCCCCCAAGCUACAGAGCGAUGUCCCCAGCCGUGCCCUCAUCACCUCCGCCACCGUUUACCUCGGUCCCCCAGCAAAUCAGUGACCCGGGCCGGCCCCCGAGUCUUCUGCAGAGCGGGCCUAAACCCGGUUAUAAGGACUAA